GAGCCCAGGAGCGCAGCGGAGCGCAGCGCGGGGAGGGUUAACCCGCCCAUGUAAACGUCGUCUGGGGCUUGUCAGUUUCCGAUUCGAGACCCGGGAAAAAAAAGGGGGAAAAGGCACGCCUGGCAGCGGGCGGGCACAGCAGCCUCGGCGGCAGCAGGAACCGCGGAGACCCCGACGGAAAGGAAGAGGAGGCGGGCGCCGAGGUUAACAUGAAGAAGGAGAAGGUGGUCCAGUGGACGAUGGACGGCGAGGAGGAGAACCUGGUCUUGGUCAAUGGAAGCUGCGGUGACCCAGCCAAGGACAAGGCCGAGCCUACCUUGAAAGUCAAAAGGAAGCAGAAGAAUUCAGAUGUCGAUGACGCAGAGAAAGUGCCUCACAAGGCGAAGUGGAAGGAACAGGAUGAGGAGGUCCCCAAAGAAGGCCAGGAGGAGGUGCGGAGGCGCGGAUCCGCUGGCUGGGAGAACAGUUUGCGGCAGAAGCCUCCUCCCCGCAUCGUCUUCCAGGCCGGACCCGCUGCGCAGGAGAAGAAUGUGAAAGAGGACAUGGAGAGCGUGGAGAGCUUCAAGGAGCGACACAAAAUCAGGUUUUCCAGGAGAAUCUCUGCAUUUGCCCAAGUGGACUACUCAGAGGAGAACCUUGUGCAGUCCGGCCAGAGCGGCGGCAGCAGCAAUAUUGGGGUACCAAAUGGCUGCCUCUUGACAGGGACCCCGAGUGAUGCAGAGGAAUACCAGGACAACAAGGGUUUUCGAAUCGGCGAGCUCGUGUGGGGGAAGAUCAGGGGCUUUGCUUGGUGGCCCGCCAUCGUUGUGUCAUGGAGGGCCACAUUCAACCGCAAGGCGGCCCCCGGGAUACGUUGGGUCCAGUGGUUUGGCGAUGGAAAGUUUUCGGAGGUCUCGGUAGACAAGCUGGUGGGGCUGUUGGCGUUCCAGGAGCAUUUCAACUCCACCACGUUCCACAAGUUGGUUUCCUACCGGCAAGCCAUCCUUCACGUCUUGGAGGUGGCAAGCAGCCGAGCAGGCAAGUCGUUCUCGAGUGCUCCAGGAGAUUCUCUUGAAGACAAGCUGAAACCCAUGGUGGAGUGGGCCAUGAAUGGCUUCAAGCCCACCGGAGGGAAAGGACUGAAGCCCCCCAAGACCUCAGACAGCAGUCUCCUCAGCCAGAAAAGCUCUGAAGAAUCUGCCGCUCCUGAACUGCCUUCGCCUGAACCUGCCCCCCCAGCCAAGCGGCUCAAGACCAAUGUCUGCAAUGGGAGCAACAAGGAGCAGGCGGAGGAGAACCAGAGCAGAGAGUCGAUGGCUUCUGAAGUCAGGCACAACAAGAAGAGCUUGGAAGACAGCUGCUUGUCAUGUUGGAAGAAGGAUCCGGUGACCACCCACCCCCUGUUCGAAGGGGGCCUCUGCGAGACUUGCCAGGUUCAGUUCCUAGAAUUUUUCUACAUGUAUGAUGAAGACGGGUACCAGGCUUACUGCAGCAUUUGUUGUGCGGGGAACGAGCUGCUUCUCUGCGACAAUGCCAACUGCUUCAGGUGCUUCUGUGUGGACUGCCUGAACCUGCUAGUGGGUCGCGGGGCGGCUGACGCAGCCAGGAAGGAGGACCCCUGGAGCUGCUACAUGUGCCAGCCGCAAGAGCGUCACGGGGUGCUUCAGAGGAGGGGCGACUGGAACACCCGCCUGAAGGAGUUCUUCACAGACGAGAAGGGGCUUGAAUACGAGCCACCAAAAAUGUACCCUGCCAUCCCAGCAGCAAACAGGCGGCCAAUCAGAGUGCUGUCUCUCUUUGAUGGAAUUGCAACAGGCUACCUCGUCCUGCGGGAUCUUGGCAUCCAGGUGGAGAAGUACGUCGCCUCUGAGAUCUGCGAGGAGUCCAUAGCCGUGGGAACUGUGCGGCACGAAGGGAACAUCAAAUACGUGCAUGACGUCAGGAACAUAACCAAGAAAAAUAUUGACGAAUGGGGCCCUUUUGACCUGGUGAUUGGCGGAAGCCCCUGCAACGACCUCUCCAUCGUCAACCCUGCCAGGAAGGGCCUGUAUGAGGGGACCGGGCGACUCUUCUUCGAGUUCUACCACCUUCUCAAUUACACGCGCCCCAAAGCCGGGGAGGAGCGCCCCUUCUUUUGGCUGUUUGAGAACGUCGUGGCCAUGCGCAUCAACGACAAGAGGGACAUCUCUCGUUUCCUGGAGUGUAACCCUAUUAUGAUUGAUGCCGUCAAAGUCUCGGCUGCACACCGGGCCCGAUACUUCUGGGGGAAUCUGCCUGGGAUGAACAGGCCCCUGGUAGCUUCGACGACGGAUAAACUUGAACUUCAGGACUGCUUGGAGUACGGCAGAACAGCCAAGUUGAAAAAGGUCCAGACCAUCACCACAAAGUCUAAUUCCAUCAGGCAGGGAAAAGCCCAGACUUUCCCAGUGCGGAUGAAUGGCAAGGACGACAAUUUGUGGUGCACUGAAUUGGAAAGGAUCUUUGGCUUCCCCCACCAUUACACCGACUUGUCCAACAUGGGGCGUGGAACUCGCCAGAAGCUUCUUGGCAGGGCGUGGAGUGUCCCGGUCAUCCGCCACCUGUUUGCUCCGCUCAAGGAUUAUUUUGCCUGCGACUAGGGAGCAGGUGGGGUGCCCAGGUCUCCUUUGAGCAAGCAGCCUUGGGAGAGGAGGGCGGCAAGGAGCUUGGAACGACACCCUCCUGCAAGUGCGACCCACAGCACAGCAUCUCCCCUUCGCCACCAUCUGCAAGCGCCACCAUGGAGACUGGAAGGAUGGCAAUGUUCCUUUCCAUCAAUACUGACAUUUCGAAAAGGUCAAAAGACCUCUGUUUACUCACCGUGCAAAACACUGUUGUGUCUAUGGAAGGUCACGACUGCAGCAUUAGCCAACCAUUUCCCCUAAGAUCAAUGUCAGUCGCUGCCUGACUGAAAGGCAGUUUUCUGACGGGCUGUACGAAAACCCCCCAAACUUGAAAAAUAAUUUUUAAAAGGAUGAGCGACAGAAUCUCUCCAGGGACAAUCAUGAAGAAACCAAAAUUGCAGCAACUAUCCUGCCUUGCUGUGUUUUGUACACUGGAAACAAUCAGGAUAAGACGAGGAGACUCUUCUCCUUUUUAUCCUUCUUUUAAACUAUAUAUAUAAAUAUAUAGAACAAAAACUUUUUUAAAAAAGCGAGACACUUGGCUGCUGAUUUUUUCAGCGUUAUGUGUGAAUGGUGGAAAUUCCUCAAGAGGAGUUUAGUUGAAACACAAGUGUGGGAUAAUUAUAGUAGCUAGAGCAAAAGAAAAUCGACCAUCCAACUCUGCCAAAUGCAUCCAGGUAUACUUUUAAACUACUAAUCUAUCUUAAAAAACAUGCUGUUAAAGUUAACAUACAGUCCACCUGGAAUUUUCUUGCACAGACCCAUUGAAGUGACCCAGAGGCCCUUGCAAGAGCCCCUCUGAGCUUUCCCACAAAUUCUUGUUUCACCUGGGGGCAGAGAAGAUCUCGGGGGCUGUUCUCUUGGCCUUCGGGGUUGAGCAAAGGGGAAUAAGAGCGUCACAUUUGGCCCCCACCCUCCAAAAAAUUCUGCAAAUGCCUAUGCUGCUGUGGACUCACAACCUGUAGGACACGUUGAUCUUUGUUUGCAAUGCCCCCAACAGGACUUCCUGCAGAGGGACAUCAGGUCUGAAACUUAUUGAUGCUGCUAUUUUCCUCAUGAAUGUUAGCUCCGUUCCCCCAACCCUAACUUGGCAUUACCUUGUACCACUGGCUUUGUUACGGAAAGGAAAUGACAUCUGUCUGCUGGGGCAACUUGUUUUUGUAGGUCGUCUCUCUUUCCACCCAUCAAGGCACUGCCAUGUGCUAAGAAGCAGCGUUUGAUACAGUGGAUACGAUGCAACUCAAUGGGUUCUUUCCCAUGGAGGAUGGAGCUGGAGAGAUCCUUUCACGUGCCUCCUGGUUCUGUGCCACUUGCCAAAGAAAGGAGACCUUUUUCGGAUCAGGCAGCUGUGGGGACGUGCUUUUCUAGCCCACAACUUCUCAAGCAGCCUUCCCCAACCCUGGUGGCUUCUAGGUUGGGAAGACUGCUAGGGAGGUUGCCAUAAUGUAA